AACAAAAUGGCGCUGCCCGUUGUCACAGAAUGAUUUGGACCAAGCAUGUUUACUUGGCUUUAGCUUUAUCAAAAAAACGUGAUCCCGAGGCAUAAUAAAUCAGGAGGAAUGGCCAAUGUGGGGAAGAAAAGCAAAAAGGAUUCAACAUUUAUUCGAGCCAAACUCUCCUUCACCUCACCGUACACUCCAAAAUGGAGCCCACUUCCCCAAGAAGAUAUGCAUUUCAUCCUGAACACCCUGAAGGAAAAGCUGGUUUCCAUUGGCCUUGCGAAGAGAGAGGUGAAAGGUUUUCACUCCUGUAAGAAAAAGAAAGAUAAGAAUGCUGCGUCCACAUCAGAGCCUGUUCCUGAGCUGAGUCAGGACCCUCCUCUGCAGGAUUCUCCCAAAAACGGCUGGACAGAUGUGGCAGCCAGAAAACAACUAGCAAUCGGCAUCAAUGAGGUCACCAAAGCUGUGGAGAGAAACGAGCUCAAACUGUUGCUUGUGUGCAAGUCUGUCAAGCCAAAACACAUGACGGAUCAUCUAAUCGCUCUGAGUGCAACUCGAGGUGUGCCAGCAUGCCAGGUGCCUCGACUGAGCCAGAGUUUGUCUGAGCUUCUGGGGCUGAAAAGUGUCCUCGCGCUGGGAUUCAGACACUGUGCCUCUCAAGGUGAUGAGGUGUUCACUAACACUGUUGAGGCCAUAACAGCCAAAGUGCCCUCCCUGGAUGUCGCCUGGUUACAAGGUGGAGCACAGAGCGUAAAACCUAAAGACUUUGUGAACCCUGAGGAGGAGGAAGGCGAAGCUGAGAGGAAGGGACAGAAAAGAAAACUAGAGAGUGAAUCUGAGCUCACAGAAUCUGUCUCCUCUGGCAACCUGCAACCCCUCCAGGUUAAGAAAAUAGUCGCUAAUCCUGCAAAGAAAAGAAAAACAAAGGCUAAGUCAUAGCUGGUCAUUCUACACAGAGCUCAACCUUAAUGUUAAAAGAAACACACUGAAUUUUUUUCCAUUGGCUUUAUGCCAUUUACAAUGGGGUUUUGUUUACUUGGGAGUUACAAAGCCUCAAAGAAUAUUUUCUUCAAGGGUAAUUAUAUUUUAAGAGUUUUCUGUACCUUUAAAAAAUUUAAAAUGUUCAGUAUUUAAUUUUUAAAAAGGAUAAAGGGUCAGAAUAAUCAGUUUUGUGGGGGGUUUUCUUACCAGUAAGUCAUUAGUUUAAUAAUUGAAGUUUCCUGUUUCUUCUUAUUUUUUUUUUUUUUUAACUUAAAUUGGUUAUUGAAAUAAUUGUUAUGUAAAUAACUUUUAAAGCAAUCUGUUCCAAAUUCAAAUGAGAUGAGUAGAACAAUAUGGAAGCCCUAUGCGGACAUAUGUCUGUACAUGGUGUUUUACUCUGCUUUGUUGUUAAAAGUAAAUUUCGUUUGUUCUCUUCA